AUGGAAAAGUUGAACUUAAAUUUGAAGCUUUACCUUAAUCGAACUUUUGCAAGAAGUAAUGGAACAUCAUUUUUCUUUGACAAUGAUGUUUGGAGUUAUAAUGAGAACUAUACUUUGAAUCACGAGGAACUAGUUCACCUUCCAACAGUUAUCACAAUGACAGUUGUCUAUACAAUGCUUUUGGUAACUGGUACCGUUGGAAAUGUGUGUACCUGCAUUGUCAUAUCUCGCAACCGUUACAUGCAUACUGCUACAAACUACUACCUAUUCAGUUUAGCCAUUAGUGACUUGCUACUCCUGGCCUUGGGACUACCUCAAGAGAUAUAUCAGCUUUGGGUUCCCAGACCAUACACCUUGGGUGAAGCUAUGUGCAUAAUCCGCGGCUUUACAGCAGAGGCUUCUACAUACGCGUCGAUACUGACCAUCACUGCAUUUACUGUAGAGCGCUAUGUAGCCAUAUGUCAUCCUCUGAAAGCCCAUGCAAUGUCAAGUCUAUCAAGAGCAGUGAAGAUUACCGUCGUUGUAUGGGCAAUGUCGGCAGUGUGUGCUAUUCCAGUUUCACUGCAGUUUGGAGUGAUUUAUGAUACUACAAUGGAUGGCGAAAUCUUGUCCGAAACAGCAGUUUGCAGCUUGGAGAGACCCAUUAGCCAUGCUUUCUUGAUGUCGUUUUUGCUGUUUUUCUGUGUACCUCUGGUAGUAAUAUUUUCCUUGUAUGUCAAGAUUGGUCUGAAACUAAGAGGUCCUCUUGUUAUGGGUAGUGUAGAAGUCAUUCAGAGGAAUAACGGUGGUACUGUUUUGUCUUCAACUCAGAAAGGAGGACAGGACAACAGAAGAUCCAGUGUCAAUAGUAACCGGAAAGGAAUCAUUAAAAUGCUUGUGGCAGUUGUAGUGUCGUUUUUCCUAUGCUGGCUACCAUUCCAUGUGCAGCGACUGAUGGCUACUUACGUCGUACAUCCCACAUACCUUUUUAACGUCACUUUUGUUGUCGUCACCUAUUUGUCUGGAGUAAGUUAUUACGUAAGUGCCACGCUGAAUCCUAUACUGUACCAGCUGAUGUCUCUCAAAUUUCAACAAGCUUUCAAGGACACCUUCGGCCCUUUGAGUCGAUGUCUAAGGGGAGAAGGAACUACGAAUGCUGAUACGACAAUGCCUCUGACGAAUCCCGUUUCAGAAUUUACUAGAGCAAGUAGCAGGUUGCAAAAAAGCAGUUGUGGUUCACAGCGUGGAGUUAUGUUCUAG